CCUUAAGUCCAUCCCUCAUCCCGUCUCGUCCCACUUAAAUUGUCUCGUUCCAUCCCAUCCCAUCCUUUUGGACAGCCAUAAUCGCAAGUGAGAAAAAUCAGAACUUUCUCUCAUUUCUUCUUGGACCAGAAAAGAAAUAGUCCCAUUUCUUAUAUUUCGUCCAAAUUGUUUAAUCCAGAAAAAUGAUUUCACAAAAAGCACAAUACUGAUACUUGUAUAAAAAGUUGGGAGCAAAUUAGAUUUCAAGAAAGUUUGUAACAACUUUUCGAAAACCCUAAUCCCUUGCACCUCCUAUAUAUAAUGAUUUUAAUCAGUCCCUCUCAUUCUCAAGGCAAGUCAACCUAAUGCAGCUGAUAUGACGAGAGCUAACAACAAUCAAGAGAACAUCAAUGACGAUGAUGAUGGAAUUUGGUUCCAGCAAGAAUCUUCUUCAUGAAUUCUUCAGAGUUGAAUCAAUCAAUCAACAAGAUUAGUAUUAGACAGGUUCACUCUUUCCCAUCGUGGCUGAUCGGCGAGGCUGCUGUAGAGUUAUUCCAGGAUGGUGAGGACUCGAGCUACGAUGGCCCGAGGGCGAGCGACAGCCAGAGGGCGCGGCAGAGCGAGAGGCCACAGGGCUGCCCCAGCCCGGGGUAGGGCUCCUGUGGUAGGACAGCGGCAAGAGAGAUCUCCAUCUUCCGAGCCUGAGUAUCAGUCGGAUAAAGGCCAGGCCGCAGGGGAUGGUGUGGCCCCAGCGCGAACACAGCCUGAGGUUACUUCUGAUCCGACUAUUCAUUACACUAUGGCCAAGAUUUUAUGUCAUCUUGAUGCCCAGCAGGAGGCAGCCGGGGUUAUGACUUCUGGCAGAGGUUCACAGACCAGAGUCAGGGCGCAGAACCCAGAGCCGGGACCUAAUAGGGCAGCACACCCCGCUGCAGCUAUGGCUCCCCGCAUUGAUGCGACACCCACUCCUGGUGAUGAUAUUAGACCCAUGGAGGGCGCUGUUAUGACCACGUCGGAUCAGGAUCUUGUUGGGCGAUUCAGGAAGUUAGAGCCGCCGAGGUUUUUGGGUACUUCUUCUGAGGAUGCUUAUGAGUUUAUUCUAGAUAUGCAUAAGUUGCUGCAUCGGAUGGGGAUCGUGGAGAACUAUGGGGUUGACUAUGUGUCCUACCAGUUUUGCGGCAACGCGAAAACUUGGUGGAGGUAUUUCGUUGCUUGCAUACCUGAGAGUUCCCCUCCCCUGACUUGGACUCAGUUUUGCCGGGCCUUUCUUGAGAAGUAUAUGCCGCAGUCUUUGAAAGAGGCAUGUAGGGAGGAGUUUUUACAUCUUGAGCAGAGGGGCAUGUCUAUGGAGGCCUAUGUGACUCGUUACCUGUAUCUGGCCCAUUAUUCCAUCCCCUUGAUCCCUACUGAGCCUGAUAGGAUUAGGCGUUUUGUUAGUGGGUUAGUCGAUCCUCUUCAGAUUCCUAGCCUUCAGAUGGAAGCCAUAGGGGCUUCCUUCCAGUCCAUCGUCGAGCAUGCUUCUUUAGUCGAGGCCGCUAAGGCCCGUGCAUUUGGAGGGGGUAGUGAGAAGAGGCAGCGACAGAUUAGGAGAUAUGGUGGUUCUAGCUCGAGGCGCGACGGUCAGUCUUCUAGGUCGUAUCAGCCUUAUACUGGCAAUCCCGUGCAGUCAGCUUUGCAGGCUUUAUCCAGUAGGCCCUCUAGGCAGGGUAUUCCGAAGAGAUCUCAUCUCUGACCUGUUGGUAGUGUGGUUCCAUCUAUGUCUGCAGUUCCUAUUCGUUAGGUUCAACCUUUGAGGAUCUAUUAUGCAUGUAGGGAGCCGGGCCACUUUGCUAGAGAGUGCACUCGACCCAGGCAGGAUAUCCAGUCUCCGAGGACUCUGGCACUAUCUGGUGGCCGCGGUAGUGUUUCAUCUAAAGGAGGUGCUCAGUCAGGCCGGGUGGUUCACAGGGUCCUCGAGGUGGAUCUCAGGCAGGGCAGUCAGGUCAAGGCAGAUUUUAUGCAUAAUCGGAUAGACCCUAAGUAGAGGCUUCAGAUGCAGUUAUCUCAGAUGCAGAGUAUUAGACAGGUUUACUCUUUUCCUUAGUGGCUGAUCGACGAGGCUGCUGUAGAGUCAUUCCAGGGUGAGUACGAUGACGGCCGCUGCCCGGAUGUUCUUUCCCUUACUUACUUGUCGUACUCUAUUUCGAGACAGUUGUAUUUUGAGACUUUUUCAUUUCCAGACUCGUAGUAUUUAGCUAUUGCUCUUGUAUGACCAGACAGAUACUGGGGUGGUUUCAUUUACUUCCGCCCUUUUCUAUAUUAUACUAUAUU